GUUUGAUUUCCACGGAGUCUCAAUGACCCACUAUUUCACAGACAACUGGGAGAACAUUCAAAACUUUCAGGCCAGGCCAGAUGAUAUACUUAUUGCAACAUACCCCAAAGCAGAUGGAGAUGCCACCUCGACCAUCACUGCUUGACUUCCAUGGAGUCUCCAUGACCAAAUACUUCAUUGACAACUGGGACAACGUACAGAACUUCAAAGCAAGACCAGAUGAUAUCCUUAUAGCUACUUAUCCUAAAGCAGGAACCACAUGGGUGUGUUACAUCCUGGAUCUUCUGUAUUUUGGGCAGACUUGUCCAGAGCGCCAGGCGUCCGUUCCUCUUCACGAGAGAGUGCCAUUUCUGGAGAUCACCAUACCUUCUCAACCCGCAGGUACAGACCUGGCAGACCAGCUUCCCACAACUCCUCGUCUCAUUAAAACUCAUCUACCAGUCCAGUUCAUACCCAAGUCCUUCUGGGAGCAGAACUGCAGGGUAAUCUAUGUGGCUCGUAAUGCAAAAGAUAAUGCAGUGUCCUAUUUCCACUUUGGCCGCAUGAACAAUGUCCAGCCAGAACCAGGGGACUGGAGCACCUUUCUGCAGAAUUUCAUGGAGGGAAAGAUGGUGUUCGGAUCGUGGUAUGACCAUGUGAAUGGCUGGUGGGAGAAGAAACAGACCUAUUCAAAGCUUCACUACAUGUUCUAUGAGGAUCUGAUUGAGGACACUGGGCGAGAGAUAGACCGACUCUGUUACUUCGUCGGUUUGUCUCCUUCGGCUGAGGAGAAGGAAAGAGUCACAACUGGAACGAAGUUUGACAAUAUGAAACAAGACAAAAUGGCCAACUAUUCCACUGUCCCCGUUAUGAAUCACAAGGUGUCUCCUUUCAUGAGAAAAGGGAAAGUUGGUGACUGGAAGAACCAUUUCACUGUGGCCCAGAAUGGAGAGUUUGAUGAAGACUACAGGCAGAAAAUGAAGAAUCCUUCACUGCGGUUUCGUACUGAAGUUUAGAGGCCUGGCCCGGCUGUGAAUAAUAAAGAGUCAUAAUAACAAUAAUGAAUUGAUAAUAAUGAUUGAUGUUGAGUCAGAUAUAGGGCAUUGUCUAAUCAGUGACAUUGUCAGGGACAUUUAGUUAUGUCAUCAUGAUGUUUUAUCAUCACAAAAUAGCAAAAAUUAAAGUUUGAUGAAUCUUGAA